GCUUAAACACUUCCUACGAAGCAGCCAGUCCCACCAGGCAGACAAGUUUCGUUUGCUCUUUUGGAGUGCAAAUAUUAUUAAUUUAUUAACCACUAAAUAAAUAUACUAGUGAAUUCAACUUAAGAUUGAUAAAUUUAUUUCAAGAACAAUAAUUUGAGAGUGGUAGAGAGUGGGAAAGAUGGGUUGGAGAGGGAUUCUGGGUUUUGAUUAUGGGAUUGUACAAGCACCAUUAGGACCUGAUAUUUCAGGUCCAGAGCUUGUUGCUGCUGUUGCUAAUGCUGGUGGGCUUGGUUUGCUUAGAGCUCCUGAUUGGUUCUUUUUAUCAGGAAUCACCUGAUUACUUACGGGAACUGAUAAGGAAAACACGAAGCUUAACUGACAAACCAUUUGGGGUUGGUCUUGUUCUGGCAUUUCCACAUGAGGAGAAUCUAAAGGUUAUAUUGGAUGAGAAGGUAGCCGUUUUGCAAGUUUAUUGGGGUGAAUGUUCAAAAGAGCUUGUGCUUGAGGCUCAUCUUGCUGGAGUCAAGGUUGUUCCACAAGUUGGGAGCUUUGAAGAUGCAAGAAAAGCAAUUGAUGCAGGUGUAGAUGGAAUUAUUGUUCAAGGACGUGAAGCUGGAGGGCAUGUAAUUGGUCAGGAAGGUUUAAUUUCAAUAUUGCCAAGGGUAGUAGACCUUGUUGGUGAUCGCGAUAUACCUGUAAUUGCUGCUGGAGGUAUUGUUAAUGCACGUGGCUAUGUUGCAGCUUUGGCUCUUGGAGCUAAAGGGGUCUGUCUAGGCACGAGGUUUGUUGCGACUGAGGAAAGCAAUGCUCAUCCCACAUACAAAAGGAAGUUAGUUGAGCUUGAUAGAACUGAAUAUACAAAUAUAUUUGGUCGAGCGAGGUGGCCGAAUGCACCACAGCGUGCUCUGGUUACUCCUUUCUUCAAUGAUUGGAAGUCCCUUCCACCUCAUGAAAAUGAGAUCAACCAACCAGUCAUUGGUCGUUCAACAAUUAAUGGAGAGGAAAAAGAGAUUCGGCGUUUUGGAGGUCCUGUUCCUAAUAUGACCACGACAGGUGACAUUGAGAGCAUGGCAAUGUAUGCAGGUCAAGGAGUAGGCCUUAUCAAAGAAAUUUGGCCUGCAUCUGAAGUGAUUAAAAGGCUAGUUGAAGGAGCUCAACAACUGAUCCGUGGAGAAUUUGCUGGCCUGUAAUUCAACCACGUUACAAAGCCCCGGUUAACUUUCAAAUAUUGGUUGCUCUGGUUUCUUACAUUGAUGGAUUACUCACUCAAGCUUGUAAGGAUGUUAAGAAUUUAACCAUUUUGAAAUAAUGCACGCAAAUGUUUGGCAAUCUGCUGAUAUGUAAAAACCCUUUCCACAAAAAAGUGUAGCAAUAAUUUUAUCAA